AGGGCUAAACAAUCAACGCAGACAUGGCAAUGCCCCCAGGUGGACCGAUGGAAGUGGUUUUCUCUUUUGACACCACUGGCUCUAUGUCGCAAGUGCUGGAUGAAGUCAAAGGUCGGGUGAAUGAUAUUGUUCAACGUCUCCAGGCAGAUAUUCCUGGGUUCAAGGUGGGCAUCAUUGCCCACGGAGACUACUGCGAUGCUGAUCAUUUUUAUGACAUUCGCAUUCUGGACUUGACAGACAAUGUUGUGGAUGUCGUGACAUUUGUCACAAACACGGAAGGUACAGGCGGGGGAGAUAUCCCAGAGUGCUAUGAGCUCGCUCUUCGUCGUGCCCGUGAAAUGUCUUGGACUCCAGGAAGCAAGAGAUUAGUUGUCGUUAUUGGUGAUGCCUACCCGCAUGGACCGGACUAUGAAAUGAACAAAGACAAUAUUGACUGGACAGACGAGCUGAAAAUGCUGGUGGCAAAGGAUGUGAAGAUAUACGGUGUGCAAGUUCAAGAAGAUCCAGAUUCCACGUCAUUCUUUGAAAGACUCACAGGGGAAUCGGGAGGUCAGCAUCUGAAACUAGCCAACAUGGGGACCAUAUGUCAGGCCAUCAUGGGCAUCUGCUACAGAGAGCAGGGAGCAGAAAUGUUUCAGAAUUAUGAGGCUGAGCUCAGGGCUAAGCAGGGAACAAAAAUUGGAGCUGAUUUGGAGAAUGUCCUUGGCACACUUCGUCAUGAUGAUUCCGUUCAGAGUUUGAUACAGGGAAAUGGCAACCCACCGGAUGAAGAAUUGUCGGACCAUGUUUCAGAUGAUGAUGAUGAUGAUGAUGACGAUGAAAAUGAUAGCGGGAUUUGUGACGUUGCGUCCACAUCUACUGUGGGGAACGAACCAACAACUUCAACGAAGAGGAAACUGCAUUUUACUUCUCCAAAAGAACCCAAGAAGUCGAACAAAGUAUGUCCUGUGGGGCCAAUCGAUGUGAAACAGAUUACCAAAGGAGGGAAGCGCAAAGGGGCUAAAGCUUCAAACAAGAAACAGAUGCUCGUAAAUAAAACGUCAACUGAGCGAAAAGAUGUUCUCGCUAAGAGAGGGAAGAGAACGGUAUCAGCACGACAAAAGUCAUCUUUGCGCGCCAAGAGGGAAUGGGUUUCUGCUCAAAGAUUCGGCUACAAGAAUCUCUCGUGGUCACAGUGGCAGCAAGCAGUGGUCCCUGCAGUGGGUGAUUUGACUGGACAAUGGAGACAGAUCCCCCAAAGCGGCUCCUCAUCCUACUGGAGAUCAGACCUGUUGAGACUUUGCAAAUCGAAACUGGACAAACUACCAGGCAGCUCCACGCUUUUUGAAGUGGGUGUUCAGUUUCAUGGAAGAAGGGGUAUUCAAGUUGUGCAUCUGAAGUCCACGAAAAUCAUCCACAAUCGACCAGGAGGGGUGUUUGGAUUACCCUGGUAUUCUGGAAUGUUCCGCAGUAUUCGGGAACAACUCAACAAAACUCUUGGAGAAGAGGAAACCUUCUCUGGGAAACAGAAUCCUGUCAGAGUGUUUGUGCGGUGGGCCUUUGUGGAUGAUGACGUCAGUGCGGUGAAGAGGAACAUUCUCAAGGAAUAUGAUUAUGCUUGGAACUGUGGCCGCUCUGUGUGAGGCUUACGUAUUCAUUAUAUGAGUAUAAACUUUCAUGUGCUGUUGAGUUGUGUUUAAAUCUCUGAAAUAUUAUGAGUGACAUGUAAAAUCAGUUAUACAUGCAUUAUAAUUUAAUAUCAGAGGUUAUGACCUAAAACAGUUUCCUGUGUUGAAUGGCGUGCUGAACAUUUACAAUAAACAACAAAUGCCAACUCAAAUCAGGAACUCAUUUGGAUUGAAAACAUCCAGGACUUCAUAGUUAGCCAUGAAAAAUGGUGUUGCAAAAUAAGCUACACGAUUGGUUAAGGAGUUCUAAGCUGGCUUCCGGAGUUCCAGCUAUUGUAUUCUUUGGGAUCAACCCCUCUUUCAAAGCUGUUGUUUUUUAAGCAGCAGACCCUCAGCAUUUUUUCAAAUUGAAUUCCGUCGCUGAUAGGACCAGGCUAAAUGGAUGGAAGCCUUACACAUUCCAAGAUCAAGUUGAUUACUUUUGAUAUUUUUGAAUUUUCUGACUCCUGUUAAAUCUUCUGUUAGUUUUAAAUUCAAAGCAUUGUAUAUGCGAUGUUGCAUGGUGCUUGCAUUUUAUUUGUAUAAUUAUAGUGUCAUUUCAAUUCGGUGCUUUUUAAUAGAAAACCUAAAUAGUUUCUUUUUUGCUUUAGACAGACCGUACAGUAUAAUUCUUACACACACACACACACACACAUACACACACACACACACACACACA